GUCAGUUCGAGGCGCCGCCGCCGCCGCCGCCGCCGCCGUCGCCGCCGCCGGAGCCGAGAUGCCUAAAGGGAGAAAGGGAGGCCACAAAGGCCGGGCAAGACAGUAUACGAGCCCCGAGGAGAUCGACGCCCAGCUGCAGGCUGAAGAGCAGAAGGCCAGGGAAGAAGAGGAACAAGAAGAAGGUGGAGAUGGGGCUGCAGGAGAUCCCAAAAAGGAGAAGAAAUCGCUAGACUCAGAUGAAAGUGAGGAUGAAGAUGAUGACUACCAGCAAAAGCGAAAAGGUGUGGAAGGGCUCAUUGACAUUGAGAACCCCAACCGGGUGGCACAGACAACCAAGAAAGUCACACAACUGGACCUGGACGGGCCAAAGGAGCUUUCAAGGAGAGAACGAGAAGAAAUUGAGAAGCAGAAAGCAAAAGAGCGCUACAUGAAAAUGCAUUUAGCUGGGAAGACAGAGCAGGCCAAGGCUGACCUUGCCCGGCUGGCAAUCAUCCGGAAACAGCGGGAGGAAGCUGCAAGAAAGAAGGAAGAGGAGAGGAAAGCAAAAGAUGAUGCAACUUUGUCGGGAAAAAGAAUGCAGUCACUCUCCCUGAAUAAGUAAGCUGGGUGUGGAGGAGAUGCCAGGGAGCCGGGCCGUGCAGCCAGGACCUCUGCCGCGUCUCGCCCACCCUGUGCCCUGGCACCGCUGCAGCAGCCCCUCACGGCCAAGAGCCCCCACAGCCUGGGGCCUCUUCAUCUUGGCACAGAAAUCGUUUGGGGGGAUGUGGGGGG